CUAUUAUUCUAAACCCUAUUUCACGUCCCCGCCACACCACCCUCCCAUUACCAGCCACUGCACCCCGCCCCCACGGUCGCCUCACGCCGCUCCUGUCCGACGUCGUCUCAGCGGUUGCCGCCGCACGCUGCACUCUCAACUGUUGCAGUAUCAGUAUUCCGUCGAACUCGCCGUUGCUCCCUCCCUCUCAUACUCUCUCGCCUCUCCGAGCAGUCAGAAACAGUGGUUCAGCCACUAACCCUCGGCGUCGGUGAGUUCGUGCCGACCCUUACGCGCGCUGCCGCUCGAUUUUCAGAUACUUAGUAUCUCUGAAGGGGUGACAUUCUCAAUGGUGAAGAAGAGGAAGCAUAGCGAGACUUUGCCGGCAGUACCGGUUAAGAAGGAUGAUGUUGCCCCCGAGAGAUCCAAGCGGACGCUCACGGGUUGGAAAGACAAGGAAGUCAUAACAAAGAGUGAAUCUGAUUCUGAUCAUGCUGUUUUUCGAAAUAAAGAGAAAGUUCUUGUCACUUGUUCCCGCCGAAUCAAUUUCAGGUAUCGGCAUUUGAUGUUGAAUAUGGUAUCACUUUUGCCACAUUGUAAGAAGGAUAACAAGGUGGAGUCAAGGUCCACCAAGGGUGCAACGCUGAAUGAGCUGGUUGAGCUCAAGGGUUGUUCUUCCAGCCUAUUUUUUGAGUGUAGAAAACAUAAAGAUCUCUAUUUAUGGAUGGCAAAGUGCCCUAGUGGACCAUCUGUGAAGUUUUUAGUUAAUGCCGUGCAUACAAUGGAAGAACUGAAGCUUACAGGGAACCAUCUGAAAGGUUCCCGUCCGAUUUUGACAUUCUCAUCAAAUUUUGAUAAAGAUGCCCACUGGAAACUUCUGAAGGAAAUAAUUGUUCAGAUUUUUGGAACUCCGAAGGAACAUCGACAUUCGAAGCCAUACCAUGAUCAUGUAUUUGUUUUCUCCAUUGUAGAUGACCACAUAUGGUUCCGAAAUUACCAGAUAGCUGUUCCACAUAAUGAAUCAGAUAAAGUAGCUCGUGGAGGACUAGAUAAAAUGACUCUCAUUGAGGUCGGCCCACGAUUCUGUUUGAAUCCAAUCAAGAUAUUUGGUGGCAGUUUUGGAGGUCCAACCCUAUACGAGAAUCCGCUCUACGUAUCGCCAAACCAGAUUCGAGCAUUGGAGAAGAAGCAGAAGGCUGGAAAAUACUCGAAGAAAGUUAAAGCGAAAACGAGGAGGAAGAUGCACGAGUUAUCAAAUCCAUUGGAACCGGACGAGUUUGCUGAUAUGUGGAAGGAAUAGUCUUUGCAUGGACUUCAUCUUGUCUAGACUCAAAAUUAAAGUUUGCUGAUAUGUGGAAGGAAUAGUCUUUUCUGAAAGGGAAAGCCUAAAGAGAACAAUAUCUGCUAGUGGUGGAUCUGGGCCGUUACAAUAAAUUUUCUAGUUACUCUAGAUCGUCUGGAUUUUGGUCA